GGGCAGCCGCCGCCGCCCGCGCUGCCCCCUGCUCGCCGCCCUGCCCUGCCCGCGCUUCCCCUUCUCCGUCCCGCCCAAGCCAUGAACUUUGGCCGCGGCCCCCCGGUGGUGUUGAACGUCGGGGGCACCCGGUACUCCUUCUCCCGGGAAGUGUUAAAGGAUUUUCCGCUGCGCCGGGUGAGCCGCCUGCACGGCUGCCUGUCGGAGAAGGACGUGCUGGAGGUGUGUGACGACUACGACCGGGAGCGGAACGAGUACUUCUUCGACCGGCACUCGGAGGCUUUCGGCUUCAUCAUGCUAUACGUGCGGCACGGCCACCUGCGCUUCGUGCCGCACAUGUGCGAGCUCUCCUUCUACAACGAGAUGAUCUACUGGGGGCUGGAGGGCUCCCACCUCGACUACUGCUGCCAGCGCCGCCUCGACGACCGCAUGUCAGAGACGUACACCUACUACGCGGCGGAGGAGCCGCCAGGGGAGCCGGGUGGCGGCCUCGAGGGCAAGGGAAGGCGGCCGCCGGGAGCCGAGGGCGGGAAGUGGCUGGAGAGGAUGAGGAGGACUUUCGAGGAGCCCACGUCCUCCGUGGCCGCCCAGGUCCUGGCCACCGUCUCCAUCCUCUUCGUCAUCGUGUCCAUGGUGGUGCUGUGCGCCAGCACCCUGCCCGAGUGGCGGGCGCCGGGGAACCGCAGCAUGGAGGAGCAGAGCAGGUACACAGCAGAGUCAGUGAGGGAGCCCUCAGGGAUAAUUGAAGCUAUCUGCAUAGGCUGGUUCACUGCAGAAUGCAUUGUGAGGUUCAUCGUCUCCAAAAACAAGUGUGAGUUUGUCAGAAGACCUCUCAACAUCAUUGAUUUGCUGGCAAUUACUCCUUACUACAUCUCUGUUCUAAUGACAGUUUUCACAGGGGAAAAUUCACAGCUUCAGAGGGCUGGAGUCACUCUGAGGGUCUUAAGAAUGAUGAGGAUUUUUUGGGUGAUUAAACUGGCCCGUCAUUUCAUUGGCCUUCAAACACUUGGUCUGACUCUGAAGCGUUGUUACAGAGAGAUGGUGAUGCUACUUGUCUUUAUCUGUGUUGCUAUGGCAAUUUUCAGUGCACUUUCCCAGCUUCUUGAAAAUGGGUUGGACUUGGGAACAAAGAAUAAGGAUUAUGCCAGCAUUCCUGCUGCUUGUUGGUGGGUAAUCAUCUCAAUGACCACAGUUGGUUAUGGUGACAUGUGUCCCAUCACUGUACCAGGAAGGAUUCUUGGAGGAAUUUGUGUGGUUAGUGGCAUCGUUUUAUUAGCCUUGCCGAUCACUUUCAUUUAUCACAGUUUUGUGCAGUGUUACCAUGAGCUCAAGUUCCGAUCUGCUAGGUACAGUAGAAGCCUCUCUGCUGAAUUCUUAAAUUGACCAAACUUGCAUUCUGUUGUAGUUACUUGCUAAGCUUUGUCUUAGAAGAGAAAGGUGGAAGGUCCCUUCACGUGUCCUCCUUGACUGGAUGGUCCUGUGGAACAACAUUCUCGGCAGCCUGGAGAAAGCCCGUCACCAUUCAGACAGGAAGGAUGGCCAUUUGCCUUGGGCACCUUGCAAGGAGAGGGAGUGAUGUUUCAAAUUUGAAAGAACAAAAUUAACAAAGAGGAUUCAGAAGUCCUCAGCCAGACCAGUUUGCCUUCCCACACAAAAGCAGAACAAAAAAUGGGCUCAACACUGAGAUCUGUCAUUCCUGUAAUUAUAUCCUAAACCAGUCUAAGUGCUGUGUAGCAGAAGUUUUUCAAAGAUUUCAAUAUUUAAAUGCUCCACAGAGGCAUUGAUAACUUCUUGCCUGAAGCAUCUCCACUUUUAACUCAGAUAACCAAGCUAUAUAUUGGAGAAUCACUGCUACUUUUGAGCUUUGCAACAAAGUAGAGCUGGUUCUGUAACUCAGGAAAGAUGAAGAAUAUAGGUCUGUAGGACAAAAAACGUUGAGGCCUGAUUCUGAUCUUUGAUGAAGCACACAAUCUUCUGUAAACCCAUUGUUCUGAAUUUGGUAAUUCGCAAAGAAAUGCAAGAAGUCCACCUCCAAAUGUUGUAGCAGGGACUUUCUUAGUCACAAUUAAUUUCUUCUCUGGAACCAAAUUGUAAAUAGAAGCAAGUGCUGUACUUUACAAAGAUCAGCAUAAGAAAUCCUGGAUUGAUACAUAUAUUUGCUGGUAGCUUACUGGGGGAGCUCUCCAAAUUUUACAUGCAUUGAGUUCAGCUCCAGCCAUGUGAAAUUACAUGUUCAUAAGCACAGAUUUUUCUCCCCUUCCUCCUCACCCCAUUUAAUUAAACAUAGGUAUCAUAAUGAGAGUUCUCCAAGACAAAUUAUAAGAUUUCAUCACUUGAGAAAGCACUGGAAAACAAGAGUAGCUGCUCCCUGUCAGAUGACACUCAUCAUCUUUAAAUUCUGGAAUCCUUACUGAAGGAUAAAUUUUAAUGAAAGUUUUAAAAACAGAUGUAAAAAGCCCAGAGCAUACCAAAGAAAGUAAAUAUGGACAUGUGAGUUGCACUUGGCAAAGUGAUGUAUUCUCCAAUGUAACUAGAAAAUGCUGCUUAAUAGCAUCAUUCAGUAUAAUUCUGAAAGGCUACUACAUAAAAAUGUGCAAUUAGAUACUAACACACAUUAAGGUACAGCUUUACAAAUUUGGGUACCAAUAAACAUCAACAGGGAGCUUUCAUACUAACAUGGAAGUUCAGAGUCAUCAGCAUAGCUGAAUUCGGUGUGCUUGCCUGAAAAUACUGCAUUUACUAUUAUGUGUUGUAGAGGCAUCUUUUAUAUAUGUAAUUGUUAAAAGCUUUAGAAGUAAAAUGAGUACCACCUAGAAAACAUAUCUCUGUAAUUGCUCACUCAAACAGACCUGCCACAUUGGUCAAUAACCAGUACACUGAAGGCUCUACCUGAGACCUGAAAAAUCCAUUAUCAUUUUAAGUGGUCUUAGCCUUUAGUAGUCUUAGAGAAUUACAUUGCAAACACAAUUUUUCUGAAGACCUGAAGAGAAUCUUAGUAGCCUUCCUACAGACAAGUUCGACUUUCCCUUUAAUACUGCAUUAUUAGGAACCGUUACAGCCAUACUUCUGUUCCUUGACACUCAUGUGUUCUGGUGUUCAGAAGAUUAGCUCUGUAGUUCCCUAUACUACUCUAUUUAUGCCUUUUAUGUCAGAAUCAUGUUGCUCAGAAAACAGCAUUCCACAGAGAGGUGAAUAUGAGAUCAGCAAAAAUUUCUUUUUUAGGUGAGAUUCACAGCUGAUGUUAGUUAGGCAAGUUGUGACUUCAGAGACACUUAGAUGUUCUACACCAGCAGAGAUGCUGGCUCUGUAUUCCUGCAUGUGUACCUAUAUAUAUCCUGCAUAUAUUAUAUAUUAUAGUCAGUUGAAAUUUUUUUUUCUGCUCAAAAAAAUUUCCUCCUUGACAAAAUUGAAAUUUCAGACUUUAAUCCAAACACAGCUGUUGAAGAAAAUGACAUUUUCAUCUUCUAAUGAAAAGUUAUUUUGACAGUAUCAAAACCAUUUUCAAGGAGAAAAUUGCAAUUGUUUGGUUUUUUUUUGUAUUCUGCUCCAAUUUUUUCCCAUUAAAAUAGGUUAAAAAUCCCAUGUAAGAACUUAACCCUACAGAUUUUCAUGUGCUGUUUUUAAUGCUUGGGAAAAAUACUGUUUUUCAUAAAACUCCUUAAAACCUGCUUUCUCUUCUGUCCAUGUAUUGUGCUUAACCAAACCAAUACUUUGUCUUGAAAUGAGUGUUUUAAGGUCGCUCAAAAAACCCUCCUCCACAAAACGCCCAAACCAUCAUCAUGAUGGCAAUAGUUUGAAAUCCAUACAGAAUGUGAAAUGAAGUGUAUUGCAAUCUUGAUUUCAAGCCAAAAAAAAUGCAUUUCAGCACUACCUAUAAAUCUAAUCUUUAGAUGCCUGUACAAAGAAGAAAAUAUAAAUUAAUGCACAUAAUAACUUGUGAAUACCAAUUUGCACCAUGAAUCAUUUUGUAUAAGCUAUUAAGGACAGGAAGUUUUCAAUUAUCUGGACUAUACAUGGUAUACAAACAAAUUGUUCAAUCCUUUAUAAAGUACUUUUCAGCUAAAGAAUCCUUUCCCAGUGUAAAAAGGUAAUCCAAUGAAAGUAAUUGUGUAAAGGAACAGGUCCGUGGAGAUUAUCUUAAGUCAUACUGUGUUUUUUUAACAGUUUAUGUUCAAUUUUUAUAUGGUAAAAUGUGAACAGAAUGACCUAAUAUAUUUUUUGAGUUACAAUAAAAUAUUUUGAAACUACUGUAUAAUAUAAGUGCACUAGGGAGAGAUACUGGGGUGGAGCUUUUUGUUGGGUUGGUUUUUUUCCUUUCUGUUUUUAUUGUUGUGUGGUUAUCAGUGACUUAUCAGGUUAUCAGGCUUUAGUUUCCUUACAAACCAAGAUGAAAUAAAGUAAUCUCCAUGGUAGCCUUAAAACAGGCUAAAUAAAAUUCCUGACCUCUAGUAAUAUAUGUCAUCUUAUUUUCAAUGGACCAGGUUUCUUAGUGAAACUACAAAAAAUAUAUGUGUAGUCAAAAAUAAGCGUAAACUGCUGAAACUGUUUUACUAAAAUUUUACUUGAGACUGUCUGUGUAAAAUACAGUCUUAAGUAAAAUUUUAGUAAAACAGUUUCAGCACUAUUUUUAAGUCCAUCAUUUCAAAGCCAAGGGAAGACAAGCUGGUUCAUCUUUAAUCAUUGCCUAGACAAGAAAAGACUUCACAGGCAAUACCUCUCUCUAUCGGAAACAUUCCCAGUUGGAACAAAUUAGAGGAAAUACAAAUAGUAUAAAAUAGUAUAAAACUAGGGAUAAACAAAGACAGCUUAUACAUUUGUGAUCCAGCAUUUUGGUUCAUCUAAAAUGAAAACCAGUAUCAAUGAGUUUUGAACUGCCAUUGUAUGGUCUGAUGACAUUAAAGGUUAAUCAUAUGUUAUAUACUAGGUUUAAACUUAGGACUGAUUUAUUUGGAACUAUAUAUUGGCUGUAAUCAUUCAAGGUACUGCAUGUCACUUAAAAGUAUUUGAUCAUUAAUGAAAUCACUGGAAUGGAAAGCUGUCUAGGAUAUUUUCUUUCUAUAGUUCUACGUGAAACAUCAUGCCAGAUAUCACAAAGAAUGGAAGAUUAUCAUUUCCCUUGAUGUAAGACUUGGAAACUAUUGUCUUGAUGAGUACCAACAAAAAAAAAAUAGUUUGAUUGACUGAUGAUUUGAAGUAGUCUUAUCAACAUAAGGAUCAGCCAUUUAAAAAUGUGAUAUUCAUUCUUACUGUACAAUGGCUUAUAUUGCUGUGCAUAGCAGAAAGUUUGAGGAAGAUAAAAAUCCUGUUAAUAUAAGAUUUGUAUCUUGAUGCCCAUGUAUUUAAAGGAAAAGGCACUCAGUUUUAAUAUCAUGUAUGUAAUUUCUGCCCAUAAAGGAACUGUUAUUCUGAUUCCAAAAAAAUAUAAAACUAAAGCCCUUUUGGGUUCAAAACACUUGUUUAUUCCCCUCUGGGUAACAGCUACAAAAAUUCUACCAGAUCUGAAUGUAUGCCAAGAAGUGGUCAUAUGCACACACCAGCCAGCUAAAUUCAGCAGCCAAACCAGCCAGUUUCCUGGGAACCAGCAUAAUGAACAAGGUCUGCUGUGCUCUGAAUUUUAUCUCACCUAAGAGGUUCCGGAUUACACUGAUGAUUAAAGUUGGAUCAUUUGAAGUACCUUAAAAUUUUUUAAAUUAUUAUUUCAGAUGAGCUUCUAAGAAACAUUUGCUGGAAAAUUAAAUAAGCUGUGCAUAGCAAAAAAUAUACCAUUUUAUUUAAAAGAAGUUACUGUGGUUUAAAAAAAGGAAGCUGGCUCUCAUUUUCUGUUACUUGUGAAAGCAAACAUGCAGGUCAGGAUAUGUGAUGCUAGUUGAACUUGCUACGUAAAACAGAUCCCUGUUUAAAACAUGGAGACUUAGUGAGAAAAAUCUUCCAGCUUUGCUAGAGCUGUAACAGUUUAUACUAGCUGAAGAGCUGCCCCAGCACACAGGGAAGAAACAACAAAACACUGGUUUCAUGGUAAAAAACUAAUAUGAUUUACAGCCUGCGAAGAGCAACACAAAUUAGGGAGUAUCUUUUGCAGACAACAGGAUAGGUUAAGCAUCAAGAAGGCUCCCCAGUGAGGAAUCAAGACUGUCAAUCUGUCAACAAAUUUUAAGAGCCACUGAAGAAGGAUAAUAUAAAUAUUUGGUCAAAUUAAUAAAAUAUGGAUGUUUGAAACUACACAUUUUAGAGUCCUUUAUUCUUUACAAAUGCAAAUGUCUAUCAUUUUGUAGAACAUUAAUUUUAUAUAUUGUUUGCUUAUCUGUAAAGAAAAAUGUAUGCUGUAAUUUUAAGAGGAAAUAAAUGUGGGGGUUUUUAUGUGAAUACAGAAUUAGAUAGAUAAAAUCACAUAAUAAAAUUUGCUGGCCUUGUUGCUGUAUUUCACGGACUAGUGGUCAAAGCACAAAUGUUUAUAAAAUGUGUUCUUUUUAACAAGUGAAUUCCAUGGCUAUUUGUAUUGGUACUGUACCUCGAAAAGAACUCUUUCCUUUAACAGUUUUUGACUACUGAGAAG